CGGACACUUUACGCGCAUUUUUCCCCACUUCCCUCCGAGACAUAGGCAAUAGUCCAUGUGUAAAAAAAAGUUUUUUGCCGCUGAAUGUGGAAUCAUCAAGACUGUGUCGAACAUUUAUGUGAUUUUUUUCACUUCCUGACUCACUGAUGUGACUCAUCUAUUGCGUUGGAGGAUCUCUGAUUUUUUUUAUUACUGAAGUACAUUCUUCAGGUGUGAGAAUGUACCAGAGGAGUUUGGAUUUUUAUUUUAGACAAACUAAAAGUUCAGGGAACAGUGAUGUGAAACCGAAGGUUGAGGUUACACCCACCCCGAGGAGAAUUGUCUCUGUCGCCUCGAGAAAGGAACCAGGAAAACCCUCAGAGACUACUCCAAUGAAGCCCAUAUUCUCUCAAAUCACCCCAAUGAAGUUGAAUCAUCCAAAAGACUGCAUCGUAAUCCUAGACAAUUCAAACGAGGAUCCGCCCCUAGUUGCUCCCGCGACCCCCUCCCAGGAGCCAUCCACCUCAUCCAACCCCUCAAGACCCCCCAGAAGUUCCUCAAAAAGCACUGAAACUCCCAAAAAAAUUUCAAAAACCCCCAAACCCUCCAGACCCCUCAGCACCCUCCGACCCGCCCUCUCCCAAUGCCCAAAAUACUUCAUCUCCCUCGACGAUUCCGACGAAGAUGAGCCAUCCUCCAUCCUCGCAACCCCCCAAAAACCCGCGGAGAAAUCCCUGGCCGCCAAGCACCCCUCCCCGAAGCGUGCCUUAAACUUUACCUCCUGCCACAGCCCCUCAAAACGCCAGAGGAUCAACGAAAUAAUGUCCCAACAACUGACAAAAGAGAACACCUUCCAAGGAUACGCCUUGACAACCACCACUAGCAUCAUGGAGAGCCUAAACCCCUCCCAGGUGCUGACCCUUGAGGUCGCCAAGGAGAUGAGUUUCUCUAAUAAGUCGGAAAGCGUCAUAAAAGAGCAGCUGAUGCUGUCUGAGGACGAGUGGGACCCUGACGAAGUGGAGAGCUCAGCCCAGCCUCUACUGUCUCCAACAGCUCCAGCAAAAUCUCCACCAAAGACUUACCUCAGGAUUCUUCCCCCUGAAACGAUUAACAGAAAGUUUGACUCGCACCAAAACACCCAGAAGAAUUCUCAGGAGAUCGAUGAUCAGAUGGCCAGAAAGACUGACAAGAAGCUCCACAAGGUGAUGGAGAGUGAAGAGAACAUUGGAAUUGAUGGUCUGGGGGACUUGGAGACAGCUGUCUCCAUGAGCUGUCCUCAGACCCCUAGAAAAGGGUUGAAUCCAACAGCUUUGAGAACACCUGAGAGAAGUCUGAAGAUGGGCCUAUCCGCCCAAAAGGAUAGAGCCUCUCAGAGUCUUUUGAAGAACUUGGGGACUCCUUCCAAGAGGUCUCCCUCGACCUUCUCACCGACUAAAAUGUCCCCGACCAAGAGGCACUACCGCCCCAGGAAGAUUUUCAAAGAGAGCCCCAACCUUCAGACUGUUGUUGAGCAUCUGAAUCUAGCUAGGCAGGGAGCAAUUCCUAUGAAUGAGUUUGAUCUGGAGGAGAUUUACAGAAAGGGAGAAUUCAAGUUCCAGUGGUGGAGGAUAGACACGAGUGCUGCAGAGCAGUACGACUUGAAUGAUGUUGUCGUUCCGACGAAUAAGCACUCUGAGAGACUGCUGGAGAUGAUCUCCUGGGUUUUCUCUGAACCAGCGAAUUGCGGGUAUUUUGACGAGGGGGAGAGGGACUUGGUCUUCAGGAUGAUGAGUUUGGGGCAAGAGGAACAGGCGCUGCUGGCCAUCAUGCUGAAGAGGGAGAUCAGGUGGUUCAGGGUGAAAAAGCAGAAGUAUGAGAAACACUUUGAUGGGAAUAUGGAGAAUUCGUUGAUGAGACUGGCUGAGAAGGGGUUCUUUGAUAGCGAUUGGGAAAACGUAGACAUCGAGGUAAUUUUCAACCUCCUCCAAGUAGACGAACUAAAAGAGCUCUGUAAACGCAUGAAGCUGAAUCAUAACGCAGCGAAACCAAAGAUGAUCGCAUCGUUGAAGCAACUCCUCCGUCAGAAAACAAGUCACUUCAGCACUACCUCCCCCCGAGAGGUCCUAAAAUCUCGAUUACUGUCGGUAGCCGGUCCAAUUCUAAAACUGUCCGAUAGCUUCCUCUCCCUGAUCCAUCGAAUUCUCGUCCUCUACUACCCUAAUCACAAUCCAGAGGACAAGCUAUCCGACAUCUUCUACCUAUUCUCCGAGGUCCACUACGGUAACAAGACCUUCCCCUCAACUGAGAUAAUUCGUCUUCCCCUUUUCAAAAAUCGUCAGGCUUUGAUUGAUUACGUAGAGGCGAAACUCGUGUGGACGGAGAUGACUCAAAUCAUGAAUGACAAGAAUAAAGGGGCUUACCACUGGGAGACGGCUAGGGCAUUUGGGACCAAGGCUUACGAUAAGUUGAAGAAAUUGGUUGAUGAAAGGUUGGUACAGUCAUACCAACAGCAAUCGUCUUCUGAACAUCAAAAACAGUCUUCUGACCGUGACAAGCUGCCUUCCCACAUUGGCCGUUUCACAUCCACGUACAUCUGGUCCAAAAUCUUAAUCCUAAGUAUCGAAGCCUUCAAGAAGCUCAAACCCGAUGGUUGCUUUCUCGCCGAAACUUAUCUAGAAUUUCUUCUCAAUAACCGUGACAAGAUUCCCGUCAACUACGGCAAGCUCUACAAAGAACUGACGAUGAUUGAGAUGAGUCACUUGAAGAAUCUCGAACGGUCAGCUGAAUUAACCCUAGAAGCCUUAUCAGCCACUUCAUCGAUCAUCGACCAAGCGGAGAUGAUGGAGAGAGCGAGAAAGCUGUCAGGCAGAAUCAAAGGCAUCUCCUUGAUCACGAAGAACAGACUCAAAGACAUUAUAGCUGAGAAGGAGGAGGAAUUUCUCUGUCUGCCGAAGGAGGAGCAGAUCGAAGUGACGAAGAUGGACAGGGAGGGCUGCUGGGGGAAGAGUCUCUGGCAGUUGGACAUGGGGGAUGAGGAAAAGGGGUAUGGAAACGUUGAAGAUGUCGCUCUGAGUCAUUACGCGAAUAUUGGGUAUCCAAAGGGAAUUCAUUGCGAGGGAGCACUUCCGGUCACUCUCUUCGCUUGUCUCUUCUGGAAGGAGAUCUACGAACUUCCUGUGCCUGGUGCCUUCGUCUCGCCAUUCCAAAGUGCACCUUUGGACUUGUUUGGGUCGAAGUUCUACGAAAAUCGGAGGGAGAAUUUGGAGAGAAAAUUCGCGGAGCUCGAGGGACUCGAGGACUUUGAGACUGUUUGGGUGAACAUGACGGAGGUUUAUCAGGAGUUUUCGACGCUGGAGUCGAUCAUCUGUCGGGUGGUGGGUGAUGCCCAACUUUUUUACGAGAUUAUCAAGUCUUUGGGGAAAAAUGGGGUACUGGGGAUUUGUAAGAGGAUUAUUCUCGGGGGCUAUGUCAAUUGGAGAUCAGGGUUUCCUGAUUUGUUUGUUUGGAAUGAGAAAACCGGCAAGUGUAAGGUUGUUGAGGUUAAGGGACCUGGUGACACUCUGUCGGUCAAACAGAAACUAUGGAUGAAGUAUUUGGAGGAAAUCGGGGCGAGAGUGGAGGUUUGUCUUGUUAAAGCUAAACAACAAUGUUGAGAAAUUCACUGAUUUUGGUUUGAGGUUACGGGGAAGAUCAUAUUUCAUUUUUGUUUUUUUAAGGGCUUCAGUCCUUCAAGGCCAUCUUUUCUUCAUUUUUUUUAUGGAAGACAGCAUGUUUGUGGCAUGUGCUUUCAUUUCAUAGUUUGAAUGUUAGAGAUUGAAUAUUUAAUAAUAAGUUAAUUGGAAGCUGUGAAAGUCGCUACUUCAGUAGCAGCCUGUGAUUUUCAUCAGAAAUAUAGAUACUCAGAAGAAUAAAUAACUAUGAAGGAAAAAAUUUUUAUCGAAUCAUUUUUUACCGAAAAAGUGGAAGUGGAGUCUACUGUGAAAUUAAUUAAAAUUAUUUUCAUGAACUUGAUGUAAUACUUCAUACGACUGU